AAACCCGCUAUAAAGCGGCGGCCGGGGCCGAGCUGAGCCGGUCGGCGCCCCGCGCGAUGGCGAGCCCGUCGCGGUGGCUGGAGGAGGGCGCCGGGCGCUGGUCGCCGCGGCCGCCCGGGCCGUACAGCGAGGCGCAGCGGCUGGCGCUGGAGGAGCUGGUGGCGGGCGGCCCCGAGGCGCUGCGCGCCUUCCUGCGGCGGGAGCAGCUGCCGCCGUUCCUCUCGGAGCCCGAGGUGCAGGCGAUCGCGCGGGGCGCGCUGCCGCCUGCCGCGGCCCCGGAGCCGGCGGCCGAGCCCUUCGCCGGCGCCUCCCUCGACGCCUCGUCGCUCACCUACUUCCCCGAGCGCUCGGACGUGGAGCCGCCCGCCCUGGAGCUGGGCUGGCCGGGCUUCGCCAGCGGCGCCUUCCGCGGGCUCACGCGGGUCGAGGCGCACUUCCAGCCCGGCUGCGGGGACAGCAUCUACGGCUGCAAGGAGGCGGUGCGGCGCCAGAUCCGCUCCGCGCGGCAGGUGAUUGCCCUUGUGAUGGACGCCUUCACAGAUACCGAUAUCUUCAGUGACCUUCAGGAUGCCUUUAACAACCGCAAAGUCCCUGUCUACAUCCUUCUUGACCAGGACUCUCUACGACAUUUCUUGGAAAUGUGCGACAAUCUGGGAGUCUGUCCUGAGCAGGAAAGACUGCUGAGAAUUCGAGCCCUCACGGGGAGCACGUACUACCUGAGAUCAGGUGCCAAAAUUGUUGGGAAAGCCCACGAGAAGUUCAUGUUAAUUGAUGGCAUUAGAGUGACAACAGGUUCCUACAGUUUCACAUGGUCCGAUGGGAAGCUGAACAGCAGUAACUUGCUGCUAUUGUCAGGGCAAGUGGUUGAACACUUUGACCUCCAGUUCAGGAUUCUUUAUGCCCAGUCAAUGCCCAUCAGCCCUAAGUGUCUGUCCAGCUGCAGGAACAGCGGGAUAUUCAAUCACCUGGUGAGCAGAAUAGAGUCCUCUAAAGAAUAUACUGUGGAAGGCAACUUGAGAGCAGAAUUUGCCAGAUUGUCCAGUACUCCAAAGAAACUAUUGAAAGAACCAGAUCAGGCUGAAGAUAGUUCUGGAGAAAACUCCUGUAACCUGGGGCAUUCUUGCCUCUCUGAAGAGGCAAUCGAGUUCAGCAAUCGAGUGGCCACUGUGGAUCGGAGAAGCACAUCGACUCAAACUGGCCCAUGGGAAGAGAAGCAGGCAGUGACUGUGUGUAAUGCUGCCACGCAGACCUAUUUUGUGACAGCAGAAACUGGCACGCAGGCAUCAGUCACUGCUAGAAUGACGGGCACUCAGACUUCAGUCUUGUUGAAAACUGCAGUGACACAGACAAGGGAAAGUGAGUACACAGAAACACCGCUGCUUCACAGAAAGUUGUCAAAAGAAGGAUCUUCUCUGUCUGGAAAGGUUGUAUCAAGUUCUAGUCUGUGGUCACUGUCUUCGUCCUCAUCCCAGUGCUCUCUUGCCAGCUCUACUGGCUCGGCAUCUUCUCUUCGGUCCUUUGAAUAUCCUGUCCAUCACAGGGCAGAGUAUUUCCAAAAGCUGCACAAAGAGAGGCAGUUCCACUACUCCACUAUCAGGUCGAAGCUGAGCCACAUGGUGCAUAUCCUAUCCCGGAGGGGCCGUGAGCCUGAAAGCUACGUGUCCCAGUACGUGGGAAGAUGCCAUUUGAAACAGAGGCGUGACAUCAGUGCCAGCUUGCGCAGCCUCCGGGACCUUUCCCUCUAUUCUCAGAAUAAACGAUGACUCCACUCGAUGCAGAACACACAAUCACCAGUCUCAAACUUCAGUCACUCUGUUCCUGCUGAUUCCACUUCCUUCCAGGACUUUUCUUAAUACACAUGUGCAUACCCCUUCAGUACUUUGUUUUAUACUAUGCAGUUUAAGCAAUAAAAAAAGAGGUGUUUAUUUGUAUGAUAA